AUGAAGCCACCCCUCUUGGUGCUUUCUGUGCAUCUGCUGUGGUUGAAAUGUUGCCACAGUGCACCUACUUGGAAGGACGCAGCUGCUACUACGGAUGGAAACCUGAAUAGUCUUUUGGAGGUGGGGGAAACAGAUAUAGGAGGAGAAGUGAAGAAGGCUUUGAUUGGCAUUAAGCAGAUGAAAAUCAUGAUGGAAAAGAGAGAGGAGGAGCACGCAAAACUGAUGAAAACCUUGAGGAAAUGCAAAGAAGAAAAGCAGGAGGCCCUGAAACUCAUGAAUGAAGUGCAAGAACAUUUGGAGGAAGAAGAAAAGUUAUGCCAGGCAUCUUCUGUGGAUUCCUGGGAUGGAUGCAGGCCAUGUCUGGAAAGUAACUGCAUGAGAUUUUACACAGCUUGCCAACCUGGUUGGACCUCUGUGAAAAAUACGAUGGAGCAAUUUCUCAGGAAGAUGUACCGAUUUCUAUUUCCCCUCGGUGAAGAUGUGGAGGAUCCCCCUGCCGCCAAACAGCCGACGGAGGAAGACUUACAAGUGACGCAAAUGGAGGACCUCUUCAGCCAGCUAGCGGUGGAUGUGAAAUCUCUCUUCAACAUGAGCUUUUACAUUUUCAAACAGAUGCAGCAAGAAUUCGACCAGGCUUUUCAGUCAUACUUCUUGUCCAAUGUAGACUUCAUGGAGCCGUACGUUCCCCCAGCUUUACCCAAAGAGCUAGCCAAAAAAGAAGACCUUGGGCAAAGGUGGGACAUUGCCAAUGUCUUCCAGCUGUUUCAUAAUUUCAGCCUCUCUAUUUAUGGGAGAGCCCGAGAAAUAAUUAUGAAGAUACUGAACGCAAUUGAGGAUUCGUGGGAACCACACAAAGAGUUGGACCAGAGAGACCUGCCUUCAGAGAUGGUACCUGAGCAAAAUGGAGGAAUGUGUGAGGAAUUGGGCCAGAAUGUUUCCGGAUGUUUCAAAUUUCACGAAAGAUGCCAAAAAUGUCACAAUUACCUAUCUGAAGACUGCCCUGAUGUACCUGAACUACACAUAGAAUUCCUUGAGGCCCUGAAAUUAGUCAACUUAUCUAAUCAGCAAUAUGAUCAGAUUGUUUGGAUGGCCCAGUAUCAUCUGGAAGACACCACAUAUCUGAUGGAAAAGAUGCGAGAGCAGUUUGGAUGGGUGUCUCAACUAGCAAGCCAUAACCCAAUGACAGAGGACAUCUUUAAUUUAACAAAGGCAAUUCCAAGCAUUCAUGGAGGAAAUACUUCCAAACAGGAUGACAUGAUGGUAGACUCAAGCAUUCUGCCUUCCUCUAACUUCUCACUCCAGAGUUCUGAAGAAAGUGCUGAGAGCGUAAAUGUCAUUGACUAUGUGGUAGCAAAAGUUCUUCGGUAUUUUAAGGGACAUUUUAAAACUUGGUAA